UUGUCUUAUAAGCCGAAGGCCGGGUGUUCGGAGGAGCCGCAUGACAGUUGGGCGGGCGAGUGGCGCCUCUCACGCUUUGAGCGCGACUGUACCGCCCAACAUGGCGGCCGGGGGUGCGCGGCGGCGGCGGCGGCGCGCUGCGACUGGUCGGUGGUGGCGGGGGAGGGGAAGGGAGGGGGGGCUGCCGCGGGGCGCGCUGGCUCGGGCCCUGCGCUGCAACAGCUGAGAGAUGCGCAGCGCACCGGCCCUGCGGCGGGCGCCAGCGACUGGGGGCUGGCCGACGGCUGCGCGGCGGCGCAGGCGGUGGCGACGGAGUGCGUGUGUAUGCGUGGGCGCGAGACCGUGCGAGCGAGUGGACUGCCGCCGCAGUGCUGCAUCCGUCGUUACUCAUCCUUCCAAUCGGCGUUUGGGAAGAGGCGAGGCGAGGCGCGGCGGCGUGUUGGUGCGGGCGACUGCGCGGUGCGGCGCCGGCGCCCGUGCGGAGGUGCGAACCGGCGACGUCACAGAGCCGCGCCCCGGGCGGUGCGUACGCGCAGCGAUCAGCUGAUCCGCGUCGCCGAGUGCGUCGGGGGACGGCGCGGGACAUGCCGCGCGCGGCCUGAGCUCAGCCGAGAGGAGCACCACGCCGCAGCUAUGUCCACGAGGGAGGUGAUCCUGGACGGGGGCUCGCCCUGGGGCUUCCGCAUGCACGGCGGCGCCGACGUCGGCCAGCCGCUGCGGAUCUCGAGGGUAAGCUGAUAUGUUAUAUGCAAGAAAAUGAAGUAUCCAACCCAGAGUAUGUAAGUUUAUAGUUUUAUCCUGUAUUAUUUUUGGUAACUUUUCCGAACAGUGUAAUAGAGCACUGUAAAUGGUACAUUAUUUGAACAUUGCAUUGUUUACAUGAAAUCAACGAAGUUUCUAUCUUUUUACGUGAUAUAUUUUAGUAUUAUCUCUUAUUUAGAAAUGCAUUUUAAGGUCAUCUAAUUUCUUGCAACUCAAAAGAAACAACUGUGUGACAAUGAUAACACAACAGCAAAGUUUUAUCUCAUUAAUCUUCCCUUCAUCUCGCUUCCUGUUUCGCUCUCGAAGUUUACCCGCCAUUUUGCUUUGCCCUGUGCCCUUUGAUCCAUGGCACUCCCAUAUUAGGGACCGAGACGGCAGGGUCAAUUAAGGAUUAAUUAGAUGUCCUCGGAACGAAGGUGAAUUCAUCUGAAGAGGGUUGCUCGUGGGGUUGAGGGAGGGUUUUACCUCCUCACGAAGAGUCUCAGGGCCUCUGGGCCUCAUUAGGUCGCACCUGUCACUUGGAGGGCGCGUCGG